AUGCCCGACGACGACUCGUCUGGCACAGGUGUACAGGUCUCUCCGCCUUCCACCUCGAGCCACGAAUACCAGGACUACGGAGUUGGAGGUCCUUGGUCUCAUCUCCAGUACCCUGACGAACUAAAGCCAUCAGACUCCGCCUCGCGACCUCGCACCUCAAACAGACUGCGCGAACCCGUCGAUCCUCGGCCAUCUCGCCAUCGUUCUUCGAGGCGGCACCAUCAUCACCAGCAACCCCGUGCGCAUACACACGCGCACCAACAUCCUCACCCCCAGGUCCAACAAGUCCACGCGGUGCCUUCCCACAGGUCAAGACGACCUCUCGCCCGAGCGGCGCCUCCACAGCCGCCUCCGGUCCCCGUAUCUCCUGAACCAGACUCCUCCGAAGAGGAAGAGGAGGACGAAGAGGAGGACGAAGAAGACGACGAAGAGGAGGACGAGGACGACUAUCUAGACUACGCUCCAAAUCCGGCAGACAGACGCUUCUGGCCAACUCCACCAACCCAGGGUCCAGCCUCGUCUGCUCCGUCGUUCAACCCUUAUCCUCCGCACCAGCACCCUCCAGCACCCCCAUCCUUCCCCCAGCCGCAACAUGCUAAUGCUGCUCAUCCUGGAGUACCUUCAAAUCAGCUUGUUCAAUUGGGAUCUAUGGGACAUCAGAACCCUAUAGGAGGACACAUGGGUCAAUACUCGCAUCAGCAAUACCCCUACGGGGGGCACUAUCCGCCUCCCCCGCAGGGACACCAUCAACAACUACCUCACGGAUACUACACUGGUCCAGAUGGACUGCCACACCCACACCAUCCGCAUGCCGGUCAGCGCAUGCCACUUCAUCACCCACACCACCCACCGCAUCACCCGCAUGCUCACCUUCCCCGGCACCGUUCACGCAGCGGCUCCCCAGACGAUGAAGAGGACUCGCCAAAGCCCACCAUGGCUCACCCGGUCAUGAGCCACCCACCGUCUUUUCCCGGCACACCGCCUUAUAUGUCUCCGGAAAUGGUACCGUACGGCUAUCCACACGCUCUUCCCCACCACCCCAUGCUACCCGGAGCCGGACACCCACAUGCUCAGGCCCAGGCUCAAGCACAGGCUGCUGCGGCGGCGGCUGCUUACUACCAAUAUAUCCAGCGGUACCCUCAUAUACCUCCGUCUAUGUUCCCGCCUCCGCCAUUCUUCCAAAUCCAGGGUCGCGAACCGAGCCCGGCUAAGAAAGAGAAGAGUCGGAGUCCAUCUCCGCCCAAGUCGCCACCUCCUCCUCCGCCGCCUCCAGCUCCCGCUGAGCCCCCACCCCCGGAUCCAAAGGAUGAAGCAAUCGCUCGACUUGAGAAGUUAAUCAUUGAAGAACGAAAGGAACGGGAAGAGCGCGAUGCUGCUCGCGAAGCUGCCAUCAAGAAAGCAGCCGCUGACAAAGCAGCAGCUGAAGCUCUAGCCGCCAAAGAGAAGAAAAUUGCUGCCGAUGCUGCCGCUGCCGCCACUGCUGCUGCAAAGGAAGAAGCCAGAAUCGAAGCAGAAAAGGCCGCUGCCGCUGCCGCCGCUAAAGCUAAAAAGGAUGCUGAAGAAGCUGCUGCUGCUGCAAAGAAAGAGGCUGAGGAGGCUGCUGCCAUUGCGCUGGCGGAGGCUACAGCCGCUGCCGCUGCGGCGGGGGAUGCCAAGGCUGCAGAAGCAGCUGCAGCAGCAACAGAGGCUGCCCUGAAAAAGCCACCGCCGCCAAAGAAGCCCGUUCAAUUCAAAGAUGCUAUAGGCAGGAAAUUCAAGUUCCCCUUUGCCCUCUGCAAAACAUGGCAGGGUAUGGAAGAACUCAUCCGCCAGGCCUUCCUGCAUGUUGACUUGAUCGGUGAACAUGUCCUGAAUGGACACUACGACCUAGUCGGUCCCAACGGAGACAUUAUCCUCCCACAAGUCUGGGACACUGUUGUCGAGCCCGACUGGUCAGUUAGCAUGCAUAUGUGGCCUAUACCCGAGAAACCCAAGGAGCCGGAACCCGCACCACCACCUCCUCCCCCCCCAGAGGAAGAACCCCCCGUUGCGGUGGUGGAUGUUCCAGCUCCUCCACCGCCUCCACCUGCACCGAAGAAGGUGGUACGUCCUGGCGCACCAGGAGGGUUCGCCAAAUGGAUGACAGGAGGAAAAGUCAAGCCUAGACCAAACCCGAAGGCUGCUAAGAAGGCUGAUGCUGGUGGUACGCCUCCUCCACCUCCACCACCGCCUCCUCCUCCACCAUAG